AUGGAGCUCGACGACCAGAAGCCCUCGCAGCUGUUGCGACGUAUGCAAGAGGCAAGAGUAUUAGCAGUCUCGGAGUCGAAGGAAAUAGCCACGCUAGCCACCAUUGCAGACAAAGUAUGGGAUACCAUAGGUCCCAACACGGGUGUCGCGGCUGUUGAGAAUGCCGACCUCUCGAAUAGCGUCAUCGCAGAAAUAAACAAAUUAGGCGAAAGAAUAAAAAAUUUGGAAACAAAGUAUAAUGGAUAUAGGAGACAAAAUUAUUUCCAAAGACAUGGUAAUGACUCGGAAAUUGAGGAUUUUGCUGAUCACGAUGAAGAAGAUAUUGUUGCGAGUGUCUUACAUCACCUAGAAGAGAGUGGAACUCGUUCUGGUGAUGAGUCCCCUGAAGUGGAUGAAGCAGCACCACCUAUUCCAACAACAUCGAGUAGCAGGGGAUCAUUUCUGGAAGAAGUAGCUAGAUAUUUUACAACUGUUCCUUUGGCGGAAGAAAUGGCGAAGCGAAACCUUCACAGCACUGGCACAAUAAUGCUGAACCGGAUUCCUGAUCGUUCCACAAUCAAUUUCAAGAAGGAUAUCAAUAUGGCUCGUGGUGAAACGCAGCAGUACGUCUGUAAAGACAUUACAAUCGUCAAAUGGAAAGACAAUAAGUCGGUUUUGAUGGCAUCUAACUGCACGGGAGUUGGAGAAGCUACACUUGUGAAACGUUGGGACAAAAAUACUAAAACCUACGUCAACAUUUCGGCUCCAAAAGUGAUAGAAGUCUAUAAUCAGAAGAUGGGGGGUGUGGAUGUUCUAGAUCAACAAAUAGAGUAUUACAGGACGUUCAUAAAAACCAGAAAAUGGACUCUUAAAGUUCUCGUACAUUUUAUAGAUCUCGCUUGUGUAAACGCUUGGAGGCUUUAUAAAAACGACUGCACAGCUAAUGGUUACCGCCGAAAGGAUACAUUGGCCUUACUAGACUUUCGCCUGGAUGUAGCAGAAUGUUUGAAGUGUCUUCCAGAAUCAGAACGCAGAGAAGAUGAACCUGAACCACAGGAACGUCAACGUAGUCAGCCCUUGAAAAUCUACAAACCUAUAAGCAUGCCUUCAACAGCCAAAAGACAUGACGGGUACGAUCAUGCCUGUGUUUGA